AUGCAUUUAAUUCGAUAUCGCCCUCAAGGCGAAAUUGUGAAAGCGCCAAAGACACGAAUCGCCCGCGGUCAAACAGCACCAAUUGGAGAGGGUGUGGUUCUUCUCUGCUUUCGUAUCACUGUUCGGAUAUUCGCCAAGCCCUCAAGCUCACUCGCCAUGGCCUUCCAGUUCUUUGCCAUCCUUGCGCUCGUUGCCGCCGUCAGCGCCGGCGUACUGCCCGUCCAGCAGGUGUAUCAUGCUGCGCCCGCCCCAGCUGUCGCCUAUGCCCAUGCCCCAGUGGCUGUGGCCCAUGGACAGCCAGUGCUGGCCAAGCACGACGAUGAGUACGAUCCCCAUCCUCAGUACAAGUACGCCUACGAUGUGCAGGAUGCCCUCUCCGGUGACUCCAAGAGCCAGGUGGAGGAGCGAGAUGGUGAUGUGGUCCGUGGCGAGUAUUCGCUGGUGGAUGCCGAUGGCUACAAGCGCACCGUCCAGUACACCUCGGAUCCAGAGAAUGGCUUCAAUGCUGUGGUCAACCGUGUGCCCAUCGAUCACGUGAAGACCGUGGUCAAGACCGUCGCUGCUCCUGCUCCUAUUGCAGUCGCUACCGCACCCCAGCACGUUGCCUACCACCAGCAUCACUAA